AUGGUUCAAAUCAUCAACUUCUGGUCUUGGAAAGUUCUUCUCGAAGUUCGUCUCAUUUACCAGAAUCUUCCAGAACAUCACUCUAUCGAUAACGAUCAGAAUUGCUACUCCAAUGAGCCAAAAUGGGAGAAACUGAUUUCCGGGACAUUUUGUGAUGGAAAACAGACCGACAACUAUGAAAUAGACGGGGAUUAUAGCGAAGAUGAUGUUGGAAGUGAUGAGAAAAUCUGA